AUGCUGCUGGUGCUGUCGGAGGAGCAGAAGGCGCACCUGGGCUGCCUGCCGCGCGCGGGCGCCGCAGCCGUCGGCGAGCUGGGGCGCCUGGCGGUGGAGCUGCUGCGGCGGGGCGCGGCGCCGCGGGCCUGCGAGGCCGCCGCCAGAAAACUUAACGUCAGUAUCGACACCGUUCAGCAUGGGGUAGAAGGACUAACGUAUCUUCUCACUGAAAGCUCCAAGCUCAUGAUUUCUGAGACGGACUUCCAAGAUUCCAUUCACGUUCUGGGAUUCUCAGAUGAAUUGAACGAAUUACUGCUCCAGCUCUACCUCGAUAACAGGAAAGAGAUCAGAAUCAUUCUUAGUGAGCUGGUACCAAAGCUUCCCAGCUACCACAGUCUUGAGUGGAGACUGGAUGUGCAGCUUGCAAGCAGAAGUUUGAGACAACAGAUUAAGCCUGCUGUGACUAUGAAGCUACAUCUUAAUCAGAAUGAAGAUCAAACUGCCCGAGUGUUGCAAACCGACCCUUCUACCCUCCUCCACCUAAUUCAGCAACUGGAACAAGCGUUGGGGGAAAUGAAAACAAACCACUGCAGAAGAAUAGUGCGCAACAUGAAGUAGUACUGAUUAGUGGCUGUUGUCUUACUAGGCAGUUUGUGAAACAACUGAAAAAACAAUGUUCACAAAUACAUUUUGAGGAAAAAUAAACAUCUGGAUCAGAUGAA